AUGGAACUCUGGAAGACGGUAGCAAGAUGCUUGCAAGUCGAUCGAUUAGCCAGACGACGAAGGGUAGCUUCAGAUGCAUUUCGUUCUUCUCUAACAGAACUUCUUUUGGGCGAAAACGGAUGGGUUGAGCAAGUGGACAAUCAUAUAAGAUACCGCUAUGACGUCACGAAAUGUAUGUUCAGCAGUGGCAACAUUACCGAAAAAUUGCGUAUAUCAAAAAUGAAUUGUGCAGGGGAAGUGGUUGCAGAUAUGUUUGCCGGAAUAGGAUAUUUUGUUCUUCCGUAUUUGGUGCAUGCGCAAGCUGCCCUUGUUCAUGCAUGCGAGUGGAAUGCAAGUGCGAUCGAAGCGUUGAGGUUGAAUUUGGCGUUGAACAAGGUGCAGGAUAAAUGCAUCAUUCAUGAGGGAGACUGUCGUGAGGUGUGUCCAGCUCAAAUUGCCGACCGGGUCAACAUGGGAAUUUUGCCAUCAAGUAAAGCGUACCUUCCAACGGCAUGUCGUGCUCUUAAGCCAAGAGGUGGUUUCAUUCACAUUCAUGAAAAUGUGACAUCUAGUAGGUUAAAGAAGGAAGGCCAGUCUCACAUGUCUCUUGCUGAUUCUUCGAAGCUUAAGAAUAAUGUCGAAAGAGAUGCGGUGUUGUCGGAGAUGGAAGACGGUAGUUCACUUUUGCUGAUGAAGGAUUUCUUUGUGAAAUGGAACAAUAUCGAUUCUAACUGGCGAAAAUUUGCAACAGACUGUGGAAAUUCAGUACUCAGGUGUCUGAAAGUGAAUUACAACGGUCCAUGGAAUGUUGCCAUUGUCAGUUUAUACAGAGUGAAAUCUUAUGCUCCAAGAAUCGACCACUUGGUGUUAGAUCUUAAGUGUUUUCCUGUUCAGGAUUUUUCUUUUCCAGUGAUGAACCAAUAG